AUGUGGGGGGCCUGGUCAUUCUUGACCACCCUGAUGCUCCUGUGUGUGCUCUCCCUCGUACCGGUCUGGACGGCGCCAUGCCACACUUGCCAGAAAUUGGCCGAGAGUUUCUUGAAGGGCUUGGAGAGAACGGCUAACAAAAACUUUGGGGGAGGCAACACUGCAUGGGAGGAAGAGAAGUUGGCCAAAUACGCACGCAGUGAGACACGCCUCUUGGAGAUUGUAGAGACUGCAUGUGAGCAGUCUGACUUUGAAUGCAACAAACUGCUGGAGCAGAUUGAGGACCAGGUAGAGACAUGGUGGUUCCACAGGCAGGAGGAGGCGCCUGACCUUUCUGAGUGGUUGUGCAAUGACCAGUUGCGACUCUGCUGUCCCCCCGGACGCUUCGGAGCUCAAUGCAAAGAGUGCCCAUCAGGCCCAGGCGGUGUGUGUGGUGGUUUGGGUCGCUGUGAAGGCGACGGCACUCGCCUGGGAGAUGGCGAGUGCGUGUGUGACCCUGGUUAUUCUGGUGUACUGUGCGGCGACUGUGCAGACGGCUACUACAGAGAGAAAAGCGCCAACGGCAGCUCCGGAGCUUGUGCAGCCUGUUUUCAUUCAUGUAAGAAGUGCUCCGGGCCGGAGGACUACAAAUGUCUGGACUGCAAAGCGGGCUGGUUACUUCACGACAACAAAUGCGUGGACAUCGACGAAUGCGGGACGGAGCUCUCUCGCUGUCCUUCGAACACUUACUGUCACAACACGGACGGCUCUUAUGACUGCAGAGGCUGCGACCAAUCUUGUGUAGGCUGUAUGGGAAGUGGUCCGGCCCGCUGUAAGAAAUGUGCACGAGGCUACAAAUUGCAGGGAGCCAAGUGUCUUGAUGUUGACGAAUGCAGCGAGCGAGCCAUGGCAUGCCCAGGCCUCAACGAGGCUUGCAUCAACGAGGUGGGCUCCUUCCACUGCGACUGCGCUGACGGCUUCAUCCGGAGGGACAGCAUCUGCGUGGAGAAUAAGGCACCUGUCGGUCCGGAGAAGGGUCUGUUUGAUGACAUGACGGACGACGAGGUCUUGGUUCUGCAGCAGAUGUUCUUUGGCGUGGUGAUCUGCGCCCUGGCCACGCUGGCGGCCAAAGGCGAUAUGGUAUUCACGGCCAUUUUCAUCGGGGGCGUGGCUGCCAUGGCAGGCUACUGGCUGACAGAGAAAGGAGACUACAUGUUGGACGGCUUCCUGAAGGGUCGCUAG